UGCCGCUAAGAUGAAAUUAUUCACUUCUUAGCACAGAAUAGCAGAGCGACUAACCAAAAAAUGUCCCUAUAUCCAACACUGUUUUUACUGGGCUGCAUGGUAUACGCUACCAUGGGAUAUCCAAACCAUCCACCACCGUUAAGCGGGAAUCCUCCCAUAGAAGGUUUCCAGGAUGUUCAAGAGGGUCCACGUGCAAGUAGAUUGAGAAGAUACGCCGAUGGAGAUAAGCCCACCACUAAAAGACCCGGCUGGGAAGUGCAACCGGAUCUGAGCAGGGAUGGAAAAGGAAACACCAAAGGGCGAGUUGUCGUGGAAAACCACGGCAAAGACCACGAUUUCGAGGCUGGAUGGGGCCAAACGAUCCGCGGUCCCGACAAGCAUUCCGAGACUUGGCACGUGGGCGGCAGUUACAGAUGGUAGUGAUUUUUGUAGUUAUUUUUUAAAUAAAAUUUACCUUAAUAUGUA